AUGGAUGUAUCCGACAUCCUUGCAGCUCAUGAAGCAAAAAAAAAAGCGGUAGUGGUGGAGAAGGACAUUCCACUUGAGGUCGACACCGGCUUCUUGACAGUGACAGACACAAAUCCUGUGGAUUCGGAAAGUUACGAAGUAGACCUUGAGGAGUAUCUCAUGUCCACUGCGCGAGAUGGUGCACAAACCCUUCUCGCGUCUCUUUUCUCUCUCCCGACAACAUCCACGGACGAUGGCCCCCUCGCACAACUUCCCCCGCCAACAACACAGUUGCCCCGAGCGAAACCACUGCCCAAGCCCAAGCCGCCCACCAAAUGGGAGCAGUUCGCGAAGGCGAAGGGCAUCCAAAAGACCCGCAGGGACAAGAAGGUCUGGGAUGAGGAGAAGCAGGAGUGGGUCAACCGGUGGGGCUGGAAGGGCGCAAACAAGGACAAGGAGGUCCAGUGGGCUACCGAAGUCCCUGCAAAUGCGGAUCCCGACUUCGAUCCCGCAAAAAUUGCUCGAACUGAGCGCAAGGCCCGGGUCGCGAAGAACGAGAGGCAGCACCUGCAGAACCUUGCCCGCACGGAGGCUCACGCGGGGGCUUCGAGCGCAAACGCCGCGGACAAGAAGCAAUACAUUGACCGGACGCUCGCCGUCACGCGGGCAAGUACCGCGAGCAUGGGCAAAUUUGAUCGGACCCUCGAGGGCGAGAAGAAGCUGAAGGGGAUCAAGCGGAAGUUUGAGCCUACUGAAACUUCGGCGGAGAACGAGAAGUCACAAAACCUCGCGAUUCUGUCCAAGUUGGACAAGAACCCAUCCGCUAAGAAAUCCCGCACGGGUGAAUCUAGCGGCAACGAUGUACUAAACGUGAGGAAAGCUAUCCGGUCGGCCAGCAGGGGCAGGGGUAGCGCGGCUCUUGCGAGGGGAGGGUCGAAGUCGAGGGGUAAACGUUGA